AUGCUGUCCAGGAAGGGGAUCAUCCCGGAGGAGUUCGUGCUGACCCGGCUGGCCGAGGAUGUCCCGGAUCCCGCGCGCCACCGGACCCGGGAGCGGCGGGCCAGGUUCGUGGGCAAAAACGGGUCGUGCAAUGUGGCGCACAAGAACAUCCGGGAGCAGGGCCGCUUCCUGCAGGACGUCUUCACCACCCUGGUGGACCUGAAGUGGCCCCACACGCUCAUCAUCUUCACCAUGACCUUCCUGUGCAGCUGGCUGCUCUUCGCUAUGAUCUGGUGGCUCAUCGCCUUCGCCCACGGGGACUUGGACCACAGCACCCAGCAGCUGCGCCUUCCAAACGGGGGUCGGGAGGCGACGGCGGCCCCCUUCGUGCCCUGCGUAACCGACAUCCAUUCCUUCACCUCCGCCUUCCUCUUCUCCAUCGAGGUGCAGGUGACCAUCGGCUUCGGGGGCCGCAUGGUGACCGAAGAGUGCCCCGUCGCCAUCCUCAUCCUCAUCCUGCAGAACAUCGUGGGGCUGCUGAUCAACGCCAUCAUGCUGGGCUGCAUUUUCAUGAAGACCUCGCAGGCGCACCACCGCGCCGAGACGCUCAUCUUCAGCAAGCACGCCGUGAUCGCGCUCCGCGGGGGGAAGCUCUGCUUCAUGCUGCGCGUGGGCGACCUGCGCAAGAGCAUGAUCAUCAGCGCCACCAUCCGCAUGCAGGUGGUGAGGAAGACCACCAGCCAGGAGGGCGAAGUGAUGCCCCUCCAGCAGAUCGAGAUCCAGAUGGAGAACCCGGUGGGAGGCAAUAGCAUCUUCCUGGUCUCCCCGCUCAUCAUUUACCACGUGAUAGACAAGAAUAGCCCCCUGUACGAGGUGGCCCCAACAAGCCUCAUUCACCAAGAGGACCUGGAGGUGAUUGUCAUCCUUGAAGGGGUGGUGGAAACCACUGGCAUCACCACCCAAGCCAGGACCUCCUACCUUGCCGAUGAAAUACUUUGGGGCCAAAGGUUUGUGCCUAUUGUGACUGAGGAGGAUGGGCAAUACUCCGUAGACUACUCCAAGUUUGGCAACACUGUGAAGGUGCCCACUCCAAACUGCACAGCCAAGCAACUGGAAGAAGACCAGAGUAUCUUGGACACUAUUUCCUUGUCACCCAAAGGCACUAUCCGGAAAAGGUCUGUUAGGUUAAAGCCCAAAUUUACCAUAGCUGAGGAGACCUUAUGACAGCUCUGUGGACUUGCCUGUUGUAGCAGGCAUAAGAGACUUGGAGGCAGCCUCUGUUUCAUUUUUCAGCUGAGGGAUGCAAGAAAUUCAGAGUUCCUUCAGACUCCAAGCCAACUUCUAUCAAUUUCCAGAGAUUGGAAUUUCCUGAAUUCAGGAACCACCUGCCAUAUGGAAAAGUGAGAAGAUGAAUGCAGUGAAAUAUUGCUCCCUCCUAUGUAAUAGAUCUCAGAGGGAAGGGAGGAACUGUUUUUGCCUUAAUGAAUUGUUAACCAAUUAGAAAAUCAAUAGCACAUGCUAUAAAUUAUAAUGUUGGCUGGCCAAGGACAUUAAAACAUGGCUAAGAUUCAAAUAAAUUUAAAUAGGUGCCAUUAACAUAAGGGCCUAAUGCCAAAUGCAUUCCUUCAAGGUAUUGAGUGGG